AUGAGGGCAGGGGGAGAAGGAGGAGGCCAGAAAGGAAUGAGGGCAGGGGGAGAAGAAGGAGGCGAGAAAGGAAUGAGGGCAGGGGGAGAAGAAGGAGGCGAGAAAGGAAUGAGGGCAGGGGGAGAAGAAGGAGGCCAGAAAGGAAUGAGGGCAGGGGGAGAAGAAGGAGGCCAGAAAGGAAUGAGGGCAGGGGGAGAAGGAGGAGGCCAGAAAGGAAUGAGGGCAGGGGGAGAAGGAGGAGGCCAGAAAGGAAUGAGGGCAGGGGGAGAAGGAGGAGGCCAGAAAGGAAUGAGGGCAGUGGGAGAAGGAGGAGGCGAGAAAGGAAUGAGGGCAGGGGGAGAAGGAGGAGGCGAGAAAAGAAUGACGGCAGGGGGAGAAGAAGGAGGCCAGAAAGGAAUGAGGGCAGGGGGAGAAGAAGGAGGCCAGAAAGGAAUGAGGGCAGGGGGAGAAGAAGGAGGCCAGAAAGGAAUGAGGGCAGGGGGAGAAGAAGGAGGCCAGAAAGGAAUGAGGGCAGGGGGAGAAGAAGGAGGCCAGAAAGGAAUGAGGGCAGGGGGAGAAGGAGGCCAGAAAGGAAUGAGGGCAGGGGGGAGAAGAAGGAGGCCAGAAAGGAAUGAGGGCAGGGGGAGAAGAAGGAGGCCAGAAAGGAAUGAGGGCAGGGGGAGAAGGAGGAGGGCAGGGGGAGAAGGAGGAGGCCAGAAAGGAAUGAGGGCAGGGGGAGAAGGAGGAGGCCAGAAAGGAAUGAGGGCAGGGGGAGAAGGAGGAGGCGAGAAAGGAAUGAGGGCAGGGGGAGAAGGAGGAGGCGAGAAAGGAAUGAGGGCAGGGGGAGAAGGAGGAGGCGAGAAAGGAAUGAGGGCAGGGGGAGAAGGAGGAGGCGAGAAAGGAAUGAGGGCAGGGGGAGAAGGAGGAGGCGAGAAAGGAAUGAGGGCAGGGGGAGAAGGAGGAUUCGAGAAAGGAAUGAGGGCAGUGGGAGAAGGAGGAGUCGAGAAAGGAAUGAGGGCAGUGGGAGAAGGAGGAGUCGAGAAAGGAAUGAGGGCAGGGGGAGAAGAAGGAGGCGAGAAAGGAAUAACAGUAGGGGGAGAAGAAGGAGGUGAUAAAUGA